UUCAAUUUUCCUACGAAUAUGAUACCUCCUGUAUCGACUCAGAUUCAAAUAUCGAUUGAUUCCACCGAUUAUACAUUUAACGGACCUAAUCCGGAACUAGCAGCAUUUCCGCAAUGUCCAACUACAAGUUCAUUUUCUAUAUCGCAACCUGUUACCCAAAGUCAACAAUUGUCUACUUCAUCAUCUAUUCCUCUAGAAUGCGCGUUUAAUUUUGAUUCGUCACCAGGAGAUCAUACAGCUGAACCUGGUUCAAUCCAGUCCGAAGGAUUUAAUUUUAAUCCCAAUACUAGACCAUCGUUCCGUUUUAGUGUUUAUGAAUUUAAGUAUCUACAAAAUAUAAAAUUAUUUUACACAUUAAUAGCAGGAUCUUUUUUCCAUAAAAAAAUGUGUUGCCAUGUGUUGUUUUAGUGCACCUACUCAAGUACAACGAGAUACUGCGUCUACUCGAGUACAACGAAAUACUGCGUCUACUCUAGUACAACAAAAUACUGCCACCAUCAAUUACCGCCCAAUGAUCAGUCCCACUCGAUUACUCAAUCCACGAAAGAUCAGGAAAGCUUUUAGAAGAUUAAAAUAGGAGUCAAGUAACGGCAUUCUUUUUAUACAGUUGCUCAUGAAGGUAUUCAUAUUCUUGCAGAAGACACCUUUUAUGAAUAUACUAUAUGUCUUGAAAGAAACAUUUUGAAAUGUCAUUAGUAUUGUAACAAAAUCCGAUUGUCAUAGCUAUAUUGGUAAAGUUUUUAGCAAAUCUGAAAAUAUACAUAGAUAUUACAAAACACCUAACACAAGUAUGCAGAUAUUUUGUAGAAAUCAAUAAAGUAUUUAAACAGUCAUUUAACAUUUCAUCAAACAUUUUCCAUAUGUAUGAAAUAAGCCUAAAUAUUUACUGGAACCACUUUUGAGAUUUUUUCUAGGCAUACCAAGGAGGCUAUUAAUGCUGUGUGCUAAUCUUUAUUAAAUAUAUGUUUGUAAAUAACUUUUAUGUAUAUUUUCAGAUUGGUUUUUGGCUUUUCUAUCAUAAAAAUAGUAGUUGCAAAAUACUUUUAUGAGCCAUUGUAUCUAUUUCAUACAAUCGUGAGAAAACAAGUCGAAGACGCUUCGUUUUCGAAGAAAAAAGAAAAAAGAAAAAAGAAACGAUUUUGAACAUUUUCUCGAUGCUGCUAUACGCACAUACUCUUUAUGAUAUAUCAAUUCUUGGAUCAAUAACGAACUUUCAUUAUUGAUGAGCUGCUGCUAGUGGAUGAGGAAACUUAAUAAAAUAUCGAAUGUCUGCAAUUUAUUGAGAAUAACGAGUUUAUGUGGGUAACAGAUAUAUCCUUUCAUUAAACAUAGGUCUUAUAUAACUCGUUUAUAGUUGAGAAGGAAAAUACUAAUCAGUACUAAUUAAAUUCAUGAAUUAAUAACUUUUUUUUUGUAACGAAAGAAAUGUUGCGAUGCAUAAUGUACAAUGUAUUGAAUUUGCUUCAUACAUUUAAUUGAUUCUGAACAAUUAUCUUUGCUUCAUUAUUUUUGAAUAAAUUCAGUAUUUACAACUUAAUAAUUGUAAUAAAAUUAUAUCAUUCAGAUAAUAAGAAAACGCGUAAUAAUAAUUAUUACGAUGCAAAAAAAAAAUAAUAAUAAGUAUAUCUAUAAUGAGAGAAGAUAUUAACAACAAUUAAUAUACAAAUAAUAAGUUUGUGUUUGAAAGUAACUUAUUGGCAAAUUGAUAAUGUAUCUUUCAACGUAGAAAUCUUGCAAGUUGUAAAACGUUGAAGGACGAGUUAAGUGUUCUGAGACCUUAUUAAAUCUGUUGCAACUGUGCAUAGCUAUUUGGAAAUCAAGAUGUGUAGAUGUUCGAGAUGCCGAAGCACUGUUCGUUAUGAAUAACACGCAGCGUAGUUGCACCUGUUACAUCUCUGUCGAGCACAAUUAUAUUAGUUCCUUUCGUAAUCUACCUGAAUAUACUACCUCCCUUCUCGCUAAUAAUACGGAAAUUGCAGAGAAUGGUAUAACGCAAUACAUUGUGUUUUUUAACUAAAGAUGAAACAAGCAUAAUUGUGGAUUAUGACAUUUUGCUCGAUUUUCUGAUUUUAAUGUCACUUGAUGAUAAAA